AUGAAUUCAUCCACGUUAAGCGAUGUCUUUAGAUCGCAUCCCAUUCACAUCCCAUUCUCUAACUUGCCCGACUUCACAUCCCUCCGCCACCUCCCAGACUCUUACACGUGGACCCCCAAAGACGACCUCCUCUUCUCCGCCUCUGACUCCGACGAAUCCCCACCGCUCAUCGACCUCACCGAUCCCCACGUGGCAACUCGUCUGGGCCACGCUUGUACAACUUGGGGAGCGUUCCAGAUCACCAACCACGGCGUUCCCUCACGACUUCUCGACGACAUUGAGUUCCUCUCCCGAAGCCUCUUCCGCCUUCCCGUGCACCGGAAGCUCAAGGCGUCUCGGUCGGAGAAUGGCAUCUCCGGCUACGGCGUUGCUCGUAUUGCUUCUUUCUUUAAUAAGCAAAUGUGGUCCGAAGGUUUCACUGUUGUUGGCUCUCCACUUGACGAUUUCCGUAAACUCUGGCCAAGGCAUCACCUCAAAUACUGUGAAAUUAUUCAAGAGUAUGAAGAACAUAUGCAAAAGUUGGCAGCGAAGCUCAUGCGGUUGGCGUUAGGUUCACUGGGAAUCGAAGAAAAAGACAUUAAAUGGGCCGGACCCGGUUCAGAUUUUCAAGGUGCCCAAGCAGCUAUCCAACUGAACCAUUAUCCAAUAUGCCCAGAACCAGACCGAGCCAUGGGCCUUCCGGCACAUACCGAUUCAACCCUCAUGACCAUACUGUACCAGAACAACGCCGCCGGUCUCCAAGUUUUCCGGGAGGACGUAGGUUGGGUCACCGUGCCACCUGUCCCUGGUUCACUUGUGGUCAACGUCGGUGACUUACUCCACAUUUUGACCAACGGAAUAUUCCCCAGCGUGCUUCACCGAGCUAGGGUUAACCACGUCCGGUCUCGCUUCUCCUUGGCUUACCUGUGGGGUCCACCUUCCGAUCUGACGAUCUCUCCGCUUCCCAAACUCGUCAAUCCCCUGCAAUCUCCUCUUUACCCAUCUCUCACUUGGAAACAGUACCUUGCAACAAAAGCCACUCAUUUCAAUCAGUCUCUUUCCUUUAUUAGAAACUGUCCGUCUUCAGACCAAAUGUUCUGA